AUGAUCCCCGCUGUCUCGUCCGCGGAGAGACCCGGCCCUGUCUUCGUCUUCUCCCCCCCUCCCACCCCGCCCCGGGGCCGAGUCCCCCGGGCUGCCCUCCCCACCCGCCCGGGCGGGCCUCGCGGGGCUCCGCUGCUGCGCUGCGCUCGCUCCUCUCCCCCCCGCCCCGCCGGCUCAGGCUCCGGGCUGGCGGCGGCGGCGGAGGAGGAGGAGGCGGCGGCGGCCGAGGCGCCGGCGGCUCAGCUGCUCCCGGCUCUGAGGAGGGAGGGAGGGAGGGAGGCGAGGGGGAGGGGGCGGGGAGGGAGGGAGGGAGCGGGGGGAGGGGGACCCGGGACGGGCGGGCUGGAGGGCGCGCGGCAGCAGCCGGGGCGCCGGGAGCCAGAGUCACAGCACGGGCCGAGCCGGGCGCCCUGCCUCCCCUCGCCAGCCGCGGCUUGGGUCGAGGCUGCUGCGCGGCAGCGGGCGGGCGAGCAAGCGGUCGGCCGGACUGAGCGGCUAGAGCGCCCCACUCUCCUCCGAGUCCCCCUCACUCCGACACGAGGCUCAGCACUGCCAUUUUACCCAGCGCCGUCGCGGCCGCCUGGCAAACCCGGAGUGGAGAGCGGAGCGGGCGCAGGCCGUGGAACGGACUCGCUCCCUUCCCCUCACAAAGGAGGAGGGGAGAGAACAAGCCGCGGCGGCGGCAGGCCCUCAGCCGCUUUCGCUAGGCAGCGCCGCCGCCGAAGGCUUCGGAGAAAACCCGGCCCGGAGCCCGCGCAUCUAUGGAGCCUGCGCCGCCUCCCUCCCGGCGUCCCUAUCCAGGUCUGUCCCCUCCCGACCGUACCGAGGGGAGCGGGCAGCGUGAACUUUACCCGCGGCUGCAAAAUUGGCCAGAGCCUGAGACCGCGGCCGCCUCGGCCCAGCCCUGACCCCCUGGCAGCGGGCCCGGUCCGUUGGCUGCUGCUUAGCACCUCUACAGCACUUUUCGUCUUCAAAGCCUUCUACGGACCCCACUAAAGACCCAGCCUUUUUUGCCCUCUUUGCAAGCCCGAAGGAAUGACUGAUCAUUGUUCAGACAAUUCGUUUCCCACUCGCCUGCCUUCAUUAGCCGGUCCUUACAAGGCUCUGGGGGCAUGAGGUCCGGAUUAUCCCCAUUUUACAGAAUUGAAAGAGAGGGGAGGGAACUGCCUGUCACUUAAAGUCAGAGGGCAGAGGAGGGUGACUUUAAAAAGAAGUGGAGUCACCAAAGCUGCCUUCGGUCUACUUGCCUUAAAAAAAAAUAAAAAGUCAAGUUGUGAGCACAUUCAACAAUGGGAUCAGAAUAUCAAAAUGGAUUUGAAGUCAAAACUGAUCAUCUCACCACUAACUUAAAAUGGAGGCCACUGAAGUUGCUUUAGGAGCAUAGAACAGUUACCCAGCAGGAGAACCUAAACCCCGUUUCUCACUCCCUCUUAAGAAAACUUAGCCUACAAUGACCAGUAGCCCCAGUCUACAAAGACAGUAGCUUCUAAUACUGAAAACCCACAGAAGAGGCUCCAGGGACUGCAGGAACCUGAGUGUUCAAACCAUUACAGAAGAGAGAUGCAGAAAAUGGAUGCUUCUCAGAUUUGUUUUCUAUCCUGUAGCAUAAAGAUUGUUUAAAGUUUACCAUUACAUUCUAAGAGACCCCGAUUGAGCUGGAGUUGGGUAGAAGGCUAGGUUUAUCUGAAAAGAUCGACAUACACAGAAAGUUCCAGUGUUCUCUUGAUCUACAGGCCCCACCAAAUCCCAGCAGCAGCCUUUUCUUCCUCAGGCUGACUUGGAAUGUUCUGAUAUGACAGGCUACAAAAGCCAGAGGGGAUUCCAGCUCCUCACCAGACCCAAGGCUGCCUUGGGAAAGGCCCAGGCCAGUGUUCCUAGACACCAGGAUCUCUUUUCUCCCUUAGAUUUUGUAAAGGGAGACUUCAUGGCCACAGGACCAUUAUCUUAGAUUAUGUAGGACCCGAGAGUGCUGGCAAUGUCCCUGGUCACUAUAAAUAAUUCCAAAGCCUGAACUCAUUUCUCUCCCCAAGAAAACUUAGUGCAUCCUACACCAAAAAGGCAAAACCUUCCUGUUAAUCUAAGAGUGAUGAGAUUAAAAAAAAAAAAAAAUCCGACAGUUUUAUUCUUCUCCCCUCCCCCAGCCUCAAGCCAAGAACCAAACCGGCCUACCAAGAAGAUCCGACUGACUGGUAUGGGCCAGUGCCCUCUUUUCACUCACAGUCCUCAGGGGCAACAACUCUCCCCGGUGCAUUAGGUCCUAGAAACCAAAUUAUAGGCUGCCUCAUAAAUAGAGCUUGGCUAUUUAAUCAACUGCCCCUGAGCUGGCAAACAGUCCUGAGUCCUGCACACAAAUGAGGAUUUUUUUACAUGCAAUUACUCUGCCAUUUUCCUCAGAGCUGGGGUGUAAUGGGAAACCUGGAGGCCAGUGAAAAUCUGGAAGCUAGAAUGGAUUUCUCUCCAAAGAAAGCCCUCAUCCCCUUUCUUCAAUGACUGUGAAUAUGGAAAGCGCCAAAAAUCUCCUUCCCUACACGUGGGCAAGCUGUUUUGAAAACAGUCACCAUUUUUCUCUAGCAAUAAGGUAAAGUGCACAAAAAUCUAUCCACCUAGGUUGGAGGAGAUAAUGUGGAAUUUCUCUACUUUUUUUUUUUUUUUUUUAAUUCACUAGGGUUCUCUUCCACUUUUACCUUUAGAGCCCCACACCACAGUCCCAGGAACUGUUGGGCUGAGGGAACUUUUUUAGAAACUGGCCCAUCAGUUUUCCCUAGGGGCAGUGGCAACGGGAAAAGGGGGGAGGGGAGGAGCUGGGCACGUGGCUGGCCCUAGCAGCGAGACCCCGGCUAGGGGCAGUGGGUCCUCCCUUCGGUGGAGUUUUCUCCCCCACGGCCCCUGCCUUUUAACCCCACACCCAGGUAGCUCAGGAAUCCCGGCGCAGAUUGGAGAACUAGGACUAGGACAGCGCUACCCUCGCGAAAGCGCCUCGGCCAACAGCCUGAUGGCAAAUAUGGACUGAAUCGUUGACAUGGAAACCGGACUAAAGUCUCGCUAGCUCUCCCUCACUGGAGAGUUCUUAUCGCCGUCCCCGACCGCACAGCACUUAGCAAACGCGGACUGGAUCUGCGGCCUGGAGGAUCAGGCGGAGUUUCUGGGCGUAUUAACUCCAGCGGCAGAGCAGCCAAGGAAGGGGGCAGGGCUGCCAGGACAAACCGGCUGAAAAUGGCAGAGGAUGUGCUCCCAUUUUAUCCGGCUGUACAGUGUGCAUGGAUUGGGCCCGAGGACGAGGGAACAACCUAUUAAAAUCCAGAGAGUCAACUGCAAAAUGUGGAACCGAGGCCUGGAGGGUUUGCUAGGAGAGGGAAACGUUUGCAGGGAAGACAGCCCUUCUUCUCGCAAUUUGCUUCUCCUAAAUGUCUGAAAUACAAAACUCAACAAACAGAAGAUCGGGCUCGGCUCUUUCCUCCACCCGAUCCUUGUGGGAGAAGUCGGCUUAAGCCCAGGGACCCUAGUGAAGGUUUGCUUAGGUUCCUAACUAAGGCGUGGAGAAUUGCUGGAGCGCCAGGUUGUUGCCCCCACACGUUCCCGCCGCGGCACAGCAGCAGACACCCAGCAGAGCUCUCUCGAGUGCGAACUGGAGCUGCGAGUUUGAGCAAAAGGGCAACUAUGUCAGUUGACGGAAGCCAGAAGCAGAGUUCAAAGCCUGGCGUGGAUUUCCGUCUGGAGCUGUCUGUUCUUAAAGUUUGUAACUCCGUGUUAAGAAACAGCCCCUGCGGAGGCUUUGGGAUCGGUGUGAAAGUCUAGCACUACCAUCUGACAGCGAGCUGCAAAACUUUGGGCUGCAUAUUAAGCGAGGAAAGUGGAUUGAAGCGAGAGUCAAGGCAAUUCAUUAUGUUACCGGCUCCCAUACGGGAGCUGUAAAAUACGAACUGGAUCCACACACGGAGAAAAAUGGAAUGAACUCGGAAUGGCGUUCAACAGCUCUUCGCGGUAAAACUGUGCCUGCCAAGGACCUAGAAUCCCAAAGGAGCAAACCAGGAGGCCUCAAACUUGGUGGGCAUACAAUAAAUGCUUUUCUAGAUCUUUUCCCCACUCAUCUCAAACUCUUAAGCAAUUCGGGGUCAUUUGUAUUUCAGAAUAAGGAACACAUUUUGAGAAAUGUUAAUUUCUGAAUGAGACUUUAUUUUCCUCAAAGUAGCUGUGAAAAAAACAGCCUCAGGCGUAAGUCAACCAGCUUAUUUUGUCUCAAUAUAAAUUAAAAAUUACCCUCACCACCACCUCCCCCAAAACUAAAAUAAAAAAUAAAAUAAGUAAAAGUCCAGGCUGGUCUGGCUUGUGGCAGGUUUCAAACAAAAAUAACACCAGGGCCAGUCUAAUAUGAGGAAAAAGAUACCAAGGCUUUCAUAUUCUCCUAAGUACAGCCUCACUCACCAGUCUCACUGGUGAGCUUGCUGACCAGUAAGCUUAUUUUUGUGGAAAAGACUGAGUAAAGCUACUACUAAUAUUUUCUUAAAAAACAAAAAAACAGGACUGGGGUUUUAUAAAACCACUGGGCAGAUCAGGAAUUUGGAUUUCUUAUUUCUGCUGAGCUCAUUGAAGAUUUGUAUUCACCAACUAAUACAAAAAAUACUGUAUGAAAAACCUACUGAAAGAACCUUGAGCCGGGCGUGGUGGCUCACGCCUGUAAUCCCAGCACUUUGGGAGGCCAAGGCGGGCGGAUAACGAGGUCAGGAGAUCGAGACCAUCCUGGCUAACAAGGUGAAACCCCGUUUCUACUGAAAAUACAAAAACUUAGCUGGGCGUGGUGGCACCCGCCUGUAAUCCCAGCCACUUGGGAGGCUGAGGCAGGAGAAUCGGUUGAACCCAGGAGGGAGAGGUUGCAGUGAGCUGAGAUGUCGCCACUGCACUCCAGCCUGGGCAACAAAGUGAGACUCCAUCUCAAAAAACAAAAAACAAAACAAAAUUAAAAAAAGCUUGAUAGCCUCUUCAUAGUCAAUCAAAAGAGAAACUUAACAAUUUUGUGCUUGGUACUUAUUACACUAAGCUGUUUUUAGAUCCGGAAGGCUAAGCACCAACAAUAUUACCAAGGUAAGGUCACCAAUCUUAGCACAGAAGGCUAUUGCCCAGGAACAGGAAAAGUCUGUUAUCUUGGACUUCCCAUGUUAAACCAAUGUAGGCUGCUUUUGUUUUGUUUUGUUCUUUAAAACCAACCUAGGGAAAUUUCACACAUAUAAAAUGAUUAUAAGGGAAGUUUUUGAGAGUUGACAAGAAAAUCAGAAGGAAAAAUCAAACACUGUAUUCUAGGUGGAGAUUUCUUUCAGCCCUUGCCUGCAUAAAGCUUUCUUACCCUGCCAUUUUACUGAGUUAGGAAAAAGAGUCAGUGGGGAAGUUUCUCAUGCAACUCUGGAAUGGAUCUGGAAUGGAGUCUUUUGUUCCAACACAAGUUCUGUAGAAGAGUUGGAAAGAAAAGGAAAAAACAGUGUAAGCACAGACAAAAUGGAGGGAGGCAGGCAUGCAGUCCUAUGAAAUAGGAUAGGUGGCUAAAAAAGCAAAUGUGCUGUCUGUUCUCUGCAAAGCAACCACCUCAAGAGAAUCCUCCAGCGUGAUGAUACUGGGUGUUUUUGUAUAAGAAUCAAAGAAAAUCCAAAGAAAUCUAUUAGGUAUAAGACAGGAAUUGAGUGGCCCCUAAUGAAAAACAUUCUGACUAGCUUUAAUAGGGUUUAAACCCAUCUAUCCCUACAGAAAAUGCCUAUUCCCAAAGAUAAAAUGGACCAAACAAAAAAGUCAGGCAUGGGAGUGACUACUAUAGUCAUAGUAGCAGUGUGGCACUCCACUCCAGUGAAAUGCAGAACUUUCCAAUGACACCAAGGGAAAGCUGCCAGGAAAAAUCAGACUGAGUUUUGGCACUUUUCCACAUUAUCACUUUCUUCCCUGAAAUUUAACAAUAUUGAAAUUGGAUUCAGAAGUCACCAGAGGGCUUGGGGGUAGGGACCAGCAGGUUGGUUCUUAUUGGCCUACCCCUCCAAAAAGACUACUAGAGACCUGUAUACAAGUGUGUUGUUGCUCUUCUAGUCUUGCUGUGGGAGGGAGAGAACGGGAGACAAUGGAGGAAAUAAUCCAGCACACUUCAUCAAGCCUAUCCAACAAGUCAUUUAAAAACAACACGGGAAGCCGAGGCUGGCAGAUCACUUGAGGUCAGGAGUUCAAGACCAGUCUGGCCAACAUAGUGAAACACCAUCUCUACUAAAAGCACAAAAAUUAGCUGUGCGUGGUGGCAGGAACCUGUAAUCCCGGCUACUCAGGAGGCUGAGGCAGGAGAAAAUCCCUUGAACUCAGGAGGCGGAGGUUGCAGUGAGCCGA